AUGGGUACGUUUCAUUUCCACUUCUGCUUCGGCUGCAGUCAGUCGACGGCCGCCGUGCAGCCCCCGGGGGAACAGUGCCGCUGGGACGCGAGGCACGAGGUGGCCUGGCCAGGACGCAAGCCCCCGGAGCGUCCUCCUGCCACGCAACACAGGCAUAGCAGCUUGGAUCCUGAUUGGUGCAUUGCACGUGCCGGGGAGGAAGCCGACCCCCAGAGAGCUCCCGGCCCCUCGAAGGCGACGCCAGGGACGAUGCUCGUGAUCGUGGUCGGCAUCUGUGUGGUGCUGCUGACCUGCAGGCCAGUGCUGCUGCUCUCCCAGCUUGUGACAUUUUCCCCGGAGAAGCUAUCCAGGCCUGUGGGCGACACAGCCAGCUUCUUCUGCAAUAUCUCCGAGGCGAACUUCCCUCAGUUUGAUUAUAGUUUAAACUGGUACAAAAAGAUCAAUGCCACUCGCACAGAAAAAAUUGCCGAGUUUAAUGGGAAUGAACCUAAAAUCCAAGAGAAAUUCACCCUCAUCAACCAUACCUCUUCUGUUGAGAUAAAGAUACUGGACCUAACCAAGAAUGACAGUGGCGAGUACUUCUGCGGGCUGAUCGCUUUCUCCUCGCCCAGUAAAGUGAUGGAAAGCAACGUGUCCCAGCUCACAGUUACAAACGAACAAACAGACGGAUGGACCACCACCGUUCCCAACGUGACUGUUGACGACCUGGUGGGCGACUUUAAAGUGCCAGUCAUCAUUGGCCUGAUCAUCGCCGGGGCCGUGUUGCUGGGGCUUAUCACCUACAUACUCUUCAUCACCGCGCGCCGGACGGGAGGGCAGCAGAAACCACAACGUGAAAACGCACUCUUGCAGAAAGAACAGGUGACGACGUACACGGUGGAUUAUGGCGUGUUGGAAUUCCAGCAGGAUGAACACACAGAGGCUUCGGUGGAGAGUUACCCACCUGACAACACGGAAUAUGCCGUCAUCGUGUUCCCUGAAGAGAAGCCUGUCACCCCAGAAAGGGGGAAGAAAACGAAACACCAGAGGACCUGUCAGAUCUGAGCGCAGCCCCGCUGAUGGGUCAGGAGCCCGACCAUGCUUCUCCUUCUGUUUGUCGUCUCUCUACAGCUUUCUCGGAGGCUUUCGGACAGGAAGGCCUGGUGGCAGCAUCUGCACUAUUUGUACACGCUGCGCCCGGUUUUACGCCAGCCCCUGACUCUCCUUCUUCCCCGUAUUGGACAGCCGCUCGAAUGACUGACAUUUUACGGCAGCCUUCAUCGGGGUCCUUCCCUCCGCCAGCAGGCCGCAAGCAAUUGUUUGCUGCUAAGGAAGACGUGCAGUCAGAACACGCUUGAGGAUCUGGACUAAUGGACAUGUGGUUUGAGCCCUGUGUUGCCGUGGCGGAGAGCCACGUUCAUCCCGGUCCUUGGUUUCUUGCACUGCAGGAGGCCGCAUGCUCCAUCCCUUGGGGGCCGGGAGGGGAGGAAAGAGGUACAGUCAUGUGUCACUCAGCAGUUACCCUAUUGGCCAGUGACGCUGGGCUCCAAAGAGAGGCCUUGCCAGUCCUCCUCGUUCAUUAGGAUGGUGAUGGCAAAGCUGGGUCUAAAGGAUGGGAGAGGGUAAACCAGUGGGAAAGGAUGGGAUCUUUAGGGCUGGAAGGUGGAUGCGGGGGCACCUGCUGGAAGAUGCUACCAUAGACUGUUCGAGCCCAGUUCUGCCUUGCUUACGGGCGAGGGAUACAA